AUGAAGCUGUACAGGAAGUGGCUGCUGCUGGUCCUGCUGCUCUGGCUCCUCCUCUUCCUGUCCCUCCGCCUUCACUUCCUGGACCUCAGACCCUUCUUGCUGUCUCGAUCCAGAUCCGCCACGGACUGUGGACUCACCGGGACCGGAUCCCGCUGCCGUCUCUCUGCUCAGGGGCGGAUCAGGACCCAGAGGCCCGCUGGAGUGGACUGGAGGAGGAGGAAGACUGACUUCAGGUCCAGGUCUAAGGACUACCACAGGUCCAGGUCUCUGGAGAUCCUGCAGAGACUAUGGAGCGGGAACCUGACUGCAGAGAUGCUGAGCGCUCGUCUCCAGAAGGUCCGGAUGGGCUACCUGAGCUCCAACUCGCACCAUGUGGUCCGCAAGGGGCCAAGGGGGCCCCGACGGUCCAGCCCGCAGCUGUACUGUGAGCUUAAGAGGAGGACCAGGAUCCGAACUGUGGACGGGACCGAGGAGCCGUUCUCUGGUCUCGGCUGGGACCGGCUGGUGCCUUCACUGCCCCUCCGGACGUCCCAGUACCAGAGCUGCGCCGUGGUGAUGUCGUCCGGAGCCGUCCUCAACUCAUCGCUGGGGGGGGAGAUCGACUCCCAUGAUGCAGUUCUUCGCUUCAACGCCGCUCCCACUCGAGGCUUCGAGAGGGACGUGGGGAACAAGACCACGAUCCGCAUCAUCAACUCCCAGAUCGUGGCUCGGCCCAGGCACCAGUUCACCAGCAGCUCGUUGUACCAGGACGUCACUCUGCUGGUCUGGGAUCCGGCUCAGUACUCCGCCAACCUGACCCAGUGGUUCCAGAAGCCGGACUUCGAUCUGUUCUCUCCGUACGCCGAGCGGCGCCGGCUCCGGCCCCAGCAGCCGUUCUACGUGCUCCACCCGGAGUUCAUCUGGGGCCUGUGGGACCUGAUCCAGGACAACACCGAGGACCCCAUCCAGCCCAACCCGCCCUCGUCGGGGUUCAUAGGCACCCUGGUGAUGAUGUCACUGUGUGAUGAGGUCAGCGUGUACGAGUUCCUGCCGUCCGCCCGACACACAGACUUGUGUCACUACUACGAGCGACACCGCGACGAGGCCUGCACCCUGGGAGCCUACCACCCCCUGAUGUACGAGAAGAUGCUGGUCCAGAGGGUCAACCAGGGGAACCAGGACCAGCUGAAGGGGAGGGGCAAGGUCACGCUGAGGGGGUUCAGGAGGGUCCGGUGUGGGUCAUGAUCCUGGUUUAACAUACUGAGGGGUACAGGAGGGUCCGGUGUGGGUCCUGAUCCUGGUUUAACAUACUGAGGGGGUUCUGGAGGGUCCGGUGUGGGUCCUGACCCUGGUUUAACAUACUGAGGGGGUUUAGGAGGGUCCGGUGUGGGUCCUGAUCCUGGUUUAACAUACUGAGGGGGUACAGGAGGGUCUGGGCCCCAACCCUGGUUUAACAUACUGGGGGGUUUAGGAGGGUCCGGUGUGGGUCCUGAUCCUGGUUUAACAUACUGAGGGGGUUCUGGAGGGUCCGGUGUGGGUCCUGACCCUGGUUUAACAUACUGAGGGGGUUCUGGAGGGUCCGGUGUGGGUCCUGACCCUGGUUUAACAUACUGAGGGGGUUCUGGAGGGUCCGGUGUGGGUCCUGACCCUGGUUUAACAUACUGAGGGGGUUUAGGAGGG